GUGGGCAACCUGGCGCGGCCGACCGCGCGGCCGGCUUGUUGUAAUAACUUUACGUGUUUGUAAAACACAGGAAAACUUCCCGUCAGGAUGUUUUCCCCGUAGGGGUUUUGCGGCCAAGAAAAUAGCUUAAAAGAGAUGUAAAAUGUUUUCGCGGGGCGGUAAUCCUGUGGAAGGCUGUCAUGCUGCCCGGCCGCGCGGCGACUUGGUAAUGGUUAGAAUUUUUACAGAGUCUUAAGGCGUGAUCAUCUUCCGUACUGACGAUGAGGAUGCUACACAUCGUCCUGGUGCUCCUGCAGCUGGGAAGCAGCAGACAACAUCGACCGCUACCUGAAGGAGCAGUGGGGGUGGUUGCGGGAGCGCAUUUCGAGCCGAUACCUCAGGUAACAUUGUACACUUCAUCGGUACCAGUAAAUUUUAAGGUUGCUUGGCCAAUGCAAUUAGAUGACAUUCAGGAUAGUAUCAAAGAAAUCACUUCUUGUCCCUCCAAUAGUUCAAGUGAAUGGUGUGUUAUUUUCAAAGAAUUAAAACAUAGCUUAAUUUAUACUGACAUGCUAAUUAAUAAGGUAAACGAAGCAGCAGGGGAUGACGUAUUGGAUUUUCAGUCUCAAGUUCGGGAAAGACGAGGGUUAAAUUUCAUUGGAGAGUUUUUUCAUUGGUGUUGUGACAUUGCCGUCAAUAGUCAAUUGAAUAAUCUUUUCCUAAAUGAACAACAAAUGUCAGAACACAUAAACAAGAUGGAAUCACAAAUUUUAAACACUCAUGAGGCACUGGCAAAUAUGAGCAACACUAUUUUUGUUAUAAACGAGGGAAUGACCGGAAUUCUAAAAAGAGUACAAUCAAAAUUCACAAAUUUGUCUGAUUACUUAAAAGACCUCCGAGAGACUAUGGUGACUAAGUUUUCAGGAAUGGUUCAAGACAUAGGACAUUCAUUCCAGUUUCAGGUACUGUUGGCCUCUCAAUUAGCCAAACAAGCGCAUACAUUUACAAGACUAGAGAUUCUGGACCAGUGCCGGUCAAAUAAAAUACCUGCCAUUGUAGUUACACCAGCUCAAUUGAAAGAGAAAUUAAAUAUGCUAAAUGAAAUUCUUAAUAGGGAUGGUUAUGCGUUGUCCAUAAGUGUAUCAGAAGUUCAGAAAUAUUUUAAUUUACCCAUUUGUAAAUGUCAAGUCCACAAGGAAAAUUUAUACCUUCAAAUUAAAGUACCAAUUGUUAAACUAAAUUCCAAUUGGAGAUUGUUUCAGUUCGUCGCAGUCCCAUUUCAGUGGAAGAACUCAACUUGUCAUUUGGAUCAUGCUCCGAAUUUUCUGGCAGUGGAUGGAGACCAUCUAAUCACUAUUCAGGGUAGAAAUUUAUUAGAUUGUAGACCAUUUGAAGAUAAAUUGUGUUUUGUUCCCAGGUUCUCCGGAGAUACCCUAGGUAGUGCUUUGUGUCCAAAGGCUCUUUUUCAGGGGAUUACCGUUGAAAAUCUUAGUACCACAUGUGCGUUUCGAUGCCAUUCCGGAAACCAACUGAUGAUCACCCAGGCUGGACCAGAGCGGUACUUCCUAACAAACCCGUCAGGAAAAUUAGACUUGCAAUGCAUGAAACAUAACAAUGAAUCUUUAUUUUUAGGAAGUGGAGACAUCCUCGGAGCUGUAGAUAUAGAAGUACCGUGUGAUUGUCGUUUGUAUUUAAACCAAGAACUUAAAAUUAACGAGUUGUAUCCAUGUGAUGCGUUAACAAAAUCUAAAUUUCAAUUGGUACAUGUAAUACCAGCUGCUUGGACGAAGUUACGUAAAUUGAAAAUUUUCCCUCAUCCUACGUCAACACAUACAGUUUUUCCAUCCUUAAUGGAUUGUUUAGAUGAAAAUUGGCCAACUCUAAUACCACAUUUAAAUUUUUCUUUGACAAAGUUUGAAACCCCUUUAGACCCGAUUCAUUUAAGAGAACCAGAAAACGUACCAAGAUUUGUAAUGAAAAACUUACAGAGUAUUGCGCUUUCCAUUGUAAGUAGUGUAUUAUUAUUUAUUAUUAUUAAAAAUCCAUAUCUAGUAGGUAUUGGAACGCUACCAAGAGUAUCCGCCUUGGACAAUGUUACUACCCUUGGCAUAGAAAUAAGUGUAACUGUAAUUACUAUAUUGGUAAUAGUUGGAAUGUUUUUAGUUCUGUUAUUAAAAUAUCUGAGAAAUCGGAAACCCCUCAGUAUGUCUGUAGAAAUCUCGACUACAGUAGAAAAUGCUGUUCCUUCUACCAGUGGAAAGGUAGAAUUAAAAGACAUACUAGCCAGAGAUAAUGGUUGUGUAGCUAAGUUAUCCAGUGAAACUGGGGAGGAAUUGAAAGUAACCAUUUCCAUUUGUGAUGAUCAGUAGUGAAUGAAUUUUGUUCAAUGUAAAGCUUUACCUACGAUUAGAAAAAUUAGAAUUUGAUUAAUGUUUAUGUGAAGGGGCAUGCGCCCAUAAAUAAUUUUUAUAGAACCAAAUAACGAUGGAGGGAGAAUACCAGGUUCAAUAAGGGGAAUUAUGACGUCAGGACUAAUCAUUGAGAAAGUGGGUGGGAUCCUUUCCGUAUUCCCAUUUUCCACCAUAACCCCCCCCCCCCCC